AUGCAGGCUUUUGUUCCGAAGAAUAGGAGGCCUAGAUUCGAAUUUAUAUUGAGAGUGAGUCUGACCGGUCUCAUGUAUCAUAGAUUCUUACUAACCGAGAUCUUCACUCAGAUCAUCGAUCUAAAUAAUGUGCCACUUGUGAGUGGAACGGCGUUCGUUAAGUGGCGUCUGCCGUCGUCAAGCACGGCCGAGCAUCAUGGACAUACGGAUAAAGCGAUCAUCAUCGAUCAUCGAGCGUACUGGAACUACGAGAAGACCCUGCAGGUCAGACUUACGAUUGAUCGAAAUCAGAUGCUCCAUGAAUGCGAACUUGUCCUAGACAUCCUACAAGAGUUUGGGGCUGGAGGGCACGGCGACAAGAAUCUUUUAGGAAGGAUCAGACUUAACCUUGCCGAGUAUGUCGACAAGAGCGACGACGAGGAAGGCAUCGUGAGGAGGUACCUGAUGCAGGAUAGUAAGGUCAACAGCACGCUCAGGGUUGGGAUUGUGAUGCGCCAAAUCGAUGGCGAUCGGAAUUUUACCACGUAUGUUUUGCUAUUACGAAUCAUGACCGGUCUGUUGUUGAUUGCUAGCAGCCCGCCCCUAAGGUCCGCCGCGGUUUUCGCAGGCAUCGCGGGUGUGGUCUCCUCGGAACAAACUGAUCAUGAUGAACUUGGCCGGCUUCCGUCCAUCAACACCCAGAGUAGAGAGGUCGCUGAUAUGCAAGACAUGUACCGCCGCACUCUGGCUGCUUCAUGGCUGUCUGGCACAGAUGACAUCCCCGCGGAUAAGUUAAUCGAGGACCUCUUUGCCACGGGUUCUUGCGACAACGACGAACAUCCUGAUGCUCGCUCUCGAAGGACGGUGGAUAAUAAUAACAAACUUCACCCUGAUAGGAAUACAGAUACAAGGCAAACCAGAUCAGGGAACCGAUUGUCCCCAAGUUUCGAGAGGCGACCAAAGAGCUUAUCCAGCCAAUUCCGCAACGAAAGUAAAGGGUCUGACUCCUCGGGACACAUCAGGAAAGGUGGCAGUAUUCAAGAGCAGCUCUACGACAAUGCAAAUGGCAAGGCCUGGAAAAGCCGUAGUGAAGUGGAUGAACUAUCGGAAUUUGAGCGUGUCUUGACCGAUAAGAUUGCAUGCAAAGCUUCAAGAAACUAUCGAUUGCGAAGAAUUUCAUGGAGCGGCUGGCUCGAAGCAAUUCGCCCAUUUUUCCAUAUGCUUACACGGUUCUCGAGGCCGGGAGCAGGGCGUCUGGCCUGUCAAUACAUCUCCCCUUGUAGAGAAAUUCUACGGUCAUCAACGAGUCGCCAGCGUGAUGCUUUCGUCCGCUAUCAGAACACCGCAACCGAUCCGGAGGACGAGCCAUCAUCUCGCCGUCGAUCUCGAAGCAGGUGGGCAAACCAGAAGGAAUAUCCUAGGAGUCAGAAGGUGACACUCGAUGUCGACUCGUUGGGAAAACCUGGGGAAAUCGUUGUCGUACCGCAUCGGACUCGCCGCCGUCGAAACUCCGAGGUCAAGCGCGACACAUCCGAUAAAUCUGCCCUCCCAUUCAUGCUAGAAGAUAUCGAAAUCAAAGAUACUGUUCUAGAAUCUGCUACCAUCAAUGAAAGCAUACAAAGCUUUCGUGAACCUCAUCGACCGCACGACAAGUUGUCCGCCAACGAUUGGGAAGACCUGCGGAAUAGACUCCAAUCAUCCUUUACCUUUCAACAGCUGUCAGACUAUAUACAAGAAGCGAAGCAAGAGGCUUUGGUCCAGAAGGAUGCGGAACCACGAAGCGAGAACACGCCCACUGCUGUCUGGAGACCCGGAACUUCCGUGUUUCUUGAAACUGGUCCAGUUUCGCAGGGAAGCUUUGCCGAUAGAGUCGCCGUGACACAAGCGCUGAAAGGGAAGCAACUCCUUGCAGAGAGAAUCUUACGAGACUGCUGGCAGCUAGGUGUUGCUGGUGAAGUUGGCCAAAUCGACAUCCGUCUCCCCGCGCACUCGUUAUCGCUGCUGCUCAACUCUGAGCAUUUCUCUUUCGAAGAAUUGGCCAGCUUACACGACGCGAAGAUUGACGUCACCCGUUCGUUGGGCCUCAUCAGGGUAACCGGGACUCAGCACACCUGUGAAUCGAUUCGCGAGAUUAUAUACGAUGCAACGAACAGAAUCCGACAGGAAGAUGUCGAUCUACCUACGCCAAAUAAUGCCACGUCCAAGAGUGGUCGUAUUUUUACUCCUGAUUUCCUUGCAUGGGUCAGCAAGAUCUAUGGAGUUGCAUUCGACCAGGAGCCGUCGCAGGGCGUUAUUAAGAUGUUCUAUCUUGCGGAGAACAGAGAAGAUGCGGACAAUGCUCGGAGAACACUAAACCUAGCGAUCUACAACACAACUUCUCCUGCGAUACCCUUUGGCACUUACUUAUCCGCGACCCAGUCGGCUAGUGCCUACAAUGUAGACUCAGAGCAAAACGUACCGUGGUUCGAUCGGCAAAAGGCGUGGUUUCGGUGGGCAAUGUCGUCUACACAAUCCUCCGAGACGAAAAUCCUGGACACCCCGUAUUUCGAUAAGCAUCAAUCGCUUUUGUCAGACGAGCUUCUCAAAUUACUCAGAAAGUCGUCACCAUCGUCAGAACGCGAUGGUAUCAGUGAGACCGUGGUAGCCGCCGUUGGGCAAUGUCUGUUCUUACACAAGCCUUCCUUCGAGAUCCAGACUCUCAGUGCUUCUCAGCUGGGCAAAUUGCAUCUUCCCCGAACUUUCACUACAGAUGUUCCUCGAGUGACGUCGUUUCUCCGUACGCUCAAGCCACGUCUGCCCGAUGAUGACCAACAGUUUUACCUCUUCCGGUUGAUUCCAACCGCUGCCCAUGCAAACAUCUUUCCGCGACUGGAAUUAGAGGUAACUCUGCCAGGGUCACACCCGUCAUCUGUCUCUGAUACCCAAAUUGGGAUUCGUAGCGUGAAAGCUGAGUUGGCUGAGAGCAGUGUUGACUAUCUGCUCCCCGAGAAUGGCCUUGACCUUCGGUUUACCAGAAAGUUGUACCGCGAUCUACUGCAUGGACAUUCUGAGAAUGAGUCAGCCGCGGACGUUACGGUGGAAAGCCUCCGGGAAUACCUGCAGGGCAUCUUUUAUAGGUAUAUGAACAGCGAAGGUGAAGCGCCUUUGCCUGUUUUUACUCAUGUUCCGCUUCCCAAUGAUCUGUUGAAGGGAACUUUCAACAGCGAACCAGACAAUUCGGGUAACCACACUGCUGCCGAAUACAUGUUCAUGCCAGUGAAUGACCUUAGGGGCACGCGCAUUCAUCGCUAUGAUUUCAACGGCCAGCAGCUCAACUAUGCUUUCUAUGAGAGCGGGCCGUUCAAUCCCUACCGAACGACGGAUAUCUUCCUCGACGUGGAUCUCACUGAGGGUGACCGCUCCACAAGUCCUCCUGCAGAGGAUGCUAUGUCCCCUGAUCCACUCCAUCGUGAGUUCAACACGUUCUACGGUGCUGCUUGCUCUCUGGCAUUUGAGCUGGAUAGGGCUUGGAGGAUAGAUUCGGUUUAA